AUGGCACGCGGCGGCGGCGGCGGCGGCGGCGGCGGCGGCUGGAUCUCCCUGCCGGCAGAGCUCAUCAAGGAAGUCUCGGACCGUCUGCCGGCCGACGUGGACCAAAUCCACAUCCACCAGGUAUGUUCCCACUGGCGCGCGUCCACCGCCCCGCUCGCAGCCUGCCGUCCCUGGAUCGUCGCCGGCCACGACCACCACCGCAACCAUUAUAGCGUCGUCAACCCCAUCGGCGACCACUCUUUCUGGCUGCCCCGUGGUGGAACAAGGAUCCAACCCCGGGCCCAUGCCCCGGCGGGCGUUCCCUACUGCUGCGGUAUGCCCUGCGGCUGGCUCGCUCUCACCGACGACCUGCGAUCCCCCACCAGGCUCAUCCUCUGGGAUCCCCUCUCCCAAGCUGAGAUCCCUCUGCCCACUCUCACCACCGUCGCCCAAGUCUUCCUCUCCGGAGACCCCCUCACCUCGCCAUCGUGGAUGGCGAUUGCGAGCCAGAAAAUCCCCCACGUACAACUGGGGCAGAGGUUGUUCUUUUGGCGUCCUGGAGAUGCAGCCUGGACCUCUCAACUCGAGUACCCCAACGGCAGGAUCGAAGGCGCCGCCUUCCACCACUGCAGGUUCUACAUCUCCACCAAGAACAUGACCCUCGACAUCUUUGAUCUCCAGCAGCAUCCUCCCAAGCGUUUCCCGAGGAUAAACCUUUAUCCUCCUCUGCAAGCGCGGUAUCGACGCGUCCCUGGGAGGCCGGUGCCGCACGUGGUGGCCUGGAACAACCAGAUGUUGCUCGUCAUGGUGUACCGUGGGCUAUACAACGCCACAGUCCUCGCAGAAGUCUACUCUCCGGAUUGGGCUGCGCAGCCCCUCGACCUCCAGGAGAAGGUGACAGAUCUUGGCGACUACUCGCUCUUCCUGGGCCGAGGUGACACGCUUGCUCUCUCCGCAAAGGAGUUCCCUGCCAUCAGGAGAAAUUGUGUAUACUUUGUGGAGCACGAUACAGCCAAGCAUGAUCGGUGGCUUGUUGUCUUUGAUUUGGUGUCAAACGCUUUGGAACGAAUUCCCCACCCAGAAGAGCAGAGGGAGGGCGGCAGCAAAACCAGUGGCUGGUUGGGCUAUUCUUGGUUCUGUCCCAGAAGACCUUUUGUUCAGGACCAGGAACCUUUGUGAAGCUAAUUAGGGAAUUUUAGCAGCAACAAGCUCUCUAUGAAUUUAUUUUAUUUGUAAUACAAUCAUCAUUUUGGCAGCAA